AACAGGUAAAGUUACUACACCUAUCAACAUGUUACAAUACUUUGUUUAUUUCAUUCUACAGAUUGUUGUUCUACAAAUACACGACAUAGAGGGUCGAUCUGAACCUAUUCGAGAUCCCUGUUAUCUUCCAAAAAAGACUGGGUUCUGCAGAGCAGCUUUCCGACGAUAUUUUUAUGAUGCAAGUACAGGAAAAUGUAAAAGUUUUAUCUAUGGCGGAUGUCGUGGAAAUGAAAAUAAUUUCAAAUCAGUUAAGGAAUGUAAAAGGACUUGUGUAAACAAAGAUAUAGUAGAUCCGAUUCGUCCUAUUGACUGUGGACCAGUUUGUGCGAUCUUCUGUAUCAAUGGAAACGUUAUUGACGCACGUGGAUGUCCAACAUGCCAAUGUAGAUCGUCACCACCUGUAGAAAGGAGAUGUCCAAGAAAUUCGAGGUCAAACAUAGGAUGUCCUAUAAUGAAAAAUCCUGAAUGUGAUAGGGACCGUGACUGUCCGAGAAGAGGAAGAUGCUGUACUUUUGGUUGUAGUAAACGGUGUAUCAAUUCUUAUUAUAAACCACCGAUCAGGCUUCAUUAAAAACAUAAUUUCAAA